UUAGCCUUGCACCAAUAAGAGAAUUUAUUCUGCUAGUAUUUCCUGGGAUUGAAAGUGAAAGUGAAUCCUUACCUUAACCCGGUUAUUAUAACUUAAGCUGAGACAUAAUAAGACUGAGACAGAUUUCGUAUUUUUGACCCCUCUCUUAUCCGGCCCCUGUCCAAGUGUUUAAUUAAUCCCCCGCCAACUAACCGGCUGCACUCCAGCGCUGGUCGUCUAGAUUUAAUUUUCCUAAUUCAUGCCGAUUUGCUAUUAGUCAAAUCUCCUGGGAACUGAUGCUCAUGUCAGUUAAAGCCCGCUUUCUUUGAAUUGCAUUUGUUUUAAGUUGCCAAUUUUCCUAUUAGGGCAAAACUUUGCCCGUUUAGAGUUUACUCAUUAGUGUCUCAUUUAAACCACUCGGAUGAUUAGUUAUAUGCUGUGCCCAUGCAUGAUCACUUUCACCCUGCUUAUUCAAUAAUUUCAAGUUCCUGUUUCAAGUUUCUGCUGCUAAUUAUACGCCUUCUUCAGUUUACAGCUAACUAAUUCACUUUUUGCUCCACUGAAGUUUGAUGACAUUUAAAAAAAUCACGAGCUAUUUUAUCAGUUCACAAAAGUCACACAGUAUUUGAGUCUGCUCCUACCAUCUUUUUGAGAUUUAUUUGGGACUUAUUUAUCUAAACUCUACAGACAUUUAGAAAACCAAUUUAACCAUAUUUCCAAUCCCUAAUUUAGCAAAUUAUUUUCUUAUCUUUAUUUUUGAAUUAUUAGCGAUAAGAAAUUCUGAUAGCUGAUUAACUUUGCCUAAACAGUUUUGCUUACGUUUUGUAGCUGAAUGAUCGUUUUUAAAUUAAAAUCAAAUUUUUGAAAUGAAAAUCACUUUUCUCAAAGUUCAUCGUCGUAAGAAGUUAUCGCCGCGGGAAGAUGCGAGAAAUGGCAACACUUCGAGUGAUAAAGCUUCUGUCCCUGUGCCGAAAUAUCUCUCGUGGAACGAACGACGUCUCGUGCGCAAAUCGUGGAAGAAAGCCGAGAAGGUAGUCGUGGAUGCAGGUGUUGAAGUGUUCAUCAAGAUGUUCGACCGGUCGCCCCUGAGCAAGCAGUACUUCCCCCAAUUUCGAGACCUCUCUUCGGCCGAGGCGUUUCGCAACAACCUCCUUCUGCGAGCCCACAACAUCCACGUGAUCAACAUGUUGGACCAAGUGGUAAAGAGUGUCCAUAACAAGGCCGUCAUGGACGCCCUCAUUGUGGACACUGGGAAGAGACACUUCAACAGACAUGUCACGAUCGAGUUGCUACAGUUUUUUGGACCAGAGUAUGCGCACUCUCUUUCCAAGAUGGGCAACUUCAACAACAAAACACUGCAUGCGUGGGAACACCUGUUUGCAUACAUAGUAGCUCUGAUGGUGCAAGGAGUGGCUGAAAAAACAGAGUGCAACGAGAAAAAAUUGGAAGAAGAGGCUAGGCGAAAGGACUUCGAGGAAAAAAGGAAGAAGUACUUCUCGCUAAGAGCCACUAGGGGCAGGUCCCUUGUUGAUAUCAUGCCCUCAUUUCACAGCAAAGAAGCAUCAACAGUCGAAAAAGACAGCGCCUCCUUUCACUCUAUUCAAGAAGAGCCAACACACCACAGAAAACAUCACACAAUACCCGAAUAACACCUGGAGAAAGCCCAUUUGAAAACAAUUAUUUUUGCUGUGAUCAAAAUGUGAAUAAGUAUUUAUUCAUCUCUAUACAAUGUGAUCGAUCUAAAAACAGAACAGAUUGAAGUGACAGUGUCCAUAUCAAUGCAUACCAUUUAGCGAGUUUCUUUGCUCAUUUUGCUCUUUUUCAGCCUUUGAAAAAGAGCAAAAGCUUCCGUGAUUAAA